AUGCAGCGAACGUUUGGUGGCCUUUCGGCGGCUAACCGAGCGGGCGUUUACGAUGGCAAAAUAGCGGGCUUGUAUGAUCUGGAGGAAACGCUCGGUUCGGGUCAUUUUGCUGUGGUGAAGCUAGCCCGUCACGUGUUUACCGGCGAGAAGGUAGCGGUGAAGGUAAUUGAAAAGACGAAACUGGACGACAUCUCGCGUGCCCAUCUGUUCCAGGAAGUGCGGUGCAUGAAACUGGUCCAACAUCCAAAUGUGGUGCGACUGUACGAGGUUAUAGACACGCAGACGAAACUGUACCUCAUACUUGAGCUGGGGGAUGGCGGCGAUCUGUACGAUUACAUUAUGCGUCAUGAGAAGGGUCUGUCGGAGAACGUCGCCCGUGAAUACUUCCGACAGAUUGUGCGAGCCAUCUCCUACUGUCAUCAGUUGCAUGUGGUGCACAGAGAUCUGAAACCUGAGAAUGUGGUGUUCUUUGAAAAGCUGGGCGUUGUCAAGCUAACUGAUUUUGGUUUUAGUAAUAAGUUCUGUCCGGGCCAGAAACUGGAGACCUCCUGUGGAAGUUUAGCAUACUCGGCACCGGAAAUUUUACUCGGCGAUUCAUAUGACGCACCGGCAGUUGAUGUGUGGUCGCUGGGUGUGAUACUGUUCAUGCUGGUUUGUGGACAUCCGCCGUUUCAAGAAGCGAACGAUUCGGAAACGCUGACCAUGAUCAUGGAUUGUAAAUACACCAUGCCAGCUCACGUGUCGGAUGGUUGCCGGAAUCUCAUCAGCAAGAUGCUUGUGCGGGAACCUGAGAAACGAGCCACACUGCAACAGAUCGCCGUAGACGAAUGGCUGAUGGAGGGUAGCUGUGAAGAAACGCCGGAAAAUUUACCCUUGGUCAGCCGGGAGCAAGUGAGCGAGGAGGAUCAUACACUGAUCAUUCAGAAGAUGAUCAAUGGCAAAAUAGCUACCAAAGAGGAAAUUUUAGAGGCUUUAGAUCGUAACGAGUACAAUCACAUAACGGCGACAUACUUUUUGCUGGCGGAGCGGAAACUGCGUGCUCACCGGCAGGAAGAGGCGCAGAAACGGAAACCGGAGCUUACGUUGCCGGUUUCGAACACAGCGCGGUUGCUUCAAAAUUAUAAGAAAAACGAAUCAAACGACGAUGAGGAUUCACACGAUGGACUAUUAUCAACGCGACUGGGCAUGCAUUUAAGCGUUCCUAGGACACCGGGCACAGAAACAGGCCAGACUGGUCGUAGCCGAAAGUGUAGUAUCGUGCAGGAGGAGGAAGACGACGAGGAUGACGUUCAUUGUGCUGGCCACGAGGAACUGUCAACGCCUCUGAACAGGAGAGGUUCGCGAUCGGAAGGUCGAAUCAACGUAACGGUGCAGGAUCGAAUAGCAGAGUCAGAGCGGUUGAAGCUCGAAGCGAAAAAAUAUCAACAGUCAGAGCAGCACCAGCAUGGACGAAUUAGCGUCGGGGAUGAUCACGCGAAAUCACCCCAUACGGUUGGUACUGAUCAAGUGGAUUGUGGCGUUGGUGGGGAUCACCAGCGUGGAUCGGUGUUGCAAAAUCCACAAAUUUCGCCUCUUCUCGGUGGCAUUGGCAAUGUUACGCUAGUGACAAGUGAAAACAGUAGCACGAAAGAUCGUCUAGGGAUGGCCGGCGGUGGACUGCAACGGAAACCUAUGCCGGAGUUGAAGCGACAUGUCGGUGGUAGUAUCGAUUCGAAGAAGUCGUCCAUACUGAAACCAACAUUGGUAAAAAUUACGGACGGUGUUGGCGUUAGGUCGGGAUCGUUUGAUCAAUGCAUGCGGGGUAUUGCUAGCGGUGGUGCAGGAGAACUAGUAACGACGAAGAUAAUCACUGACAGCUCGACGAUAACGAUACCGAUUCCGACGCUCAACAUCGUUACCUCUUCCACGAUACCAAAGUAUAAGACAAUGCCGUCGCCCACGAGGUCGAACGCGAUCCUUACCUCGACGACGAACUGUCUGAAUGAAAUAUUCGAAGAAGGUACAGAUGUUGGCAGUUCGGACAGUACGAGUACCACACCGCGACCCGUCAUACGCAGCCAGUUUGUGGCGGCUCGCCAACAGAGCCAACCGACGGGAAAUGGAAAUAGUGCCAGUGUGGGAGGUAGUGUUAGUGCCACGGGUUCGGUGCACCGACGAAGUAAGUUUAACAAAUCACGCACGGCGUCCUGUAGCAGCUCUGAUGCGUCAGACGAUGAUUCGGAGAAUCGGAAGAAGCGUGCACACAAAAUUGUGGACGCUACCAUUAAACCGCUGUCACAGCGAAGAGAUUCGCAUGACGAUUCAAGCGACUCCCAAGAUCAAGGCAGCAAUGUGGCAGGAGGUGGUGCGGGAAAACCACAAAUAAAAGGUAUAUCAGGAGCCACUAAUGGUAGCACUAGCAAUGGUGGAACGGCUGGUGGUGGUAGCGGUAGCAGAGGUGGUACCGGAGCGCAGACUUCAUCGACUGAGGACAAACACGGGUCAAACAGCCGACAGAAAACGUCACAACAGGUUGACUUCCGACGGCACCGUGGUCGAAGACGACCAGUCGAAACGCGAUUACGGGAAAGUCAGUCACUCAAUCGUAUUACGGAGGUGCAGGAAUCGGAAGGGGGAGGUGGUGGUCAUUCGCUGACACAGCAGGUAGCCAGUAGUACAGUCGUUAGCACACCUUUGGUAACAAUGGUUACGUCAAAUGGUGCCGUCUCGAAACCAGCAGAUCCCUCGACGAAUGGAGAAUGUAAGGACCAACCAGAUGGCAUAUGUGAUAUUUCGUCAUCAGACCGUACAUGUGAAGCAGAACCCGAGACUGUUGUGAAUAGGGAAACCAGUACAGCGAGCAGUACGAAAAAGGCACAGUGUGCGAAGGGAACAUCGUCGCGGCAGCAGCAUCAUCACCAUGGGUCGUCCAAACCGAAAGGAUUGAGUGCGAGAAUAUUCCACACUUUCAAGAAGCAACCGGCAGCGGCAACUCCCGUCAGUGCGCCCAGCGCAAUGGCGGAUCCGCCCUCUACCGGAUCCGGUGAUGACAUAGAAAUUGUGGUGGAGUUGGCAAAAGCGCUAAAUGCAUCGGCGGAAAGUGGCAAGACUGGCAACACGAAGAAAAUUAAAAUACUCGGUCGCUAUUUUCAGGUGCACAAGAAAAUUUAUGUUCCACUAUCCGGUUUGUUUCAACGAGGCCGUCUAUAUAAAGCGCAAUCGUGUGGUUCGAUCGUCCGUGACAAGGUGAACGUAAACCCGAAUGGUCCGGGGGGAGGAUCGCAUGCGAAUACUACCGGCCGUCACUCGACGAUAUUCAACGAAAAGAAUCGUAUCAUAAAAAAUUGUCUCAGCAAUACCGGUGAACCAGGCGCUCGGCAUCUUGGAAGUGACGGUGACAUCAAUCACAACGGAGGAUCCCACCAUCAUCAUCACAGUAGCAGUGGUUUUCUGGCCUCCCUUUCGGCCAGCGCACCGUCAACGGACGUUAUCGUUCGUGGUGCUUCACCGGUCGAGCUAGUGUCGAAUGGGCGAUCCAGUAUCGUCGAACAUACGGCCACAGUUCUCAAUGCCGCCACCGUUACAACACCGCCUGUUCCAAUCAAAACGGCGUAG